AUGCUCUCCUUUAGCAGCCAUUUGGCGUUGAGCAAUCCUUCGAUGUUUCACUCGUACGUGGACUCUUUUUUUGAAGGAAAGAAGGCCCUCGUCAAGGAGCGACUGAUGGACUCGGUGAGGAUCAUUGUCGAUGGACUUUUCGAGGAGAUGGUCGGACAGGUCAAGGAGAUGAUGAUGCCCAAAGAACGUGCUGGUGUCGCUGAUCAAGUGAAAACACCAAUUUAUGCCAGCAACGCUCUUGUCAAACCAUCGACCAGCAAGUCACCAAUGAACACUCAACCAGUGCCAUCUUUUCAGCCACCGAAAAGCAAGAUGAUCUUUGCAGCCAAUUCCAAGCCGGUUCCCUCUUCUUCUUCUUCAGUUCCUCUUUCUCGACCGUUUUCGGGGCUUUACAAGCGAAUGGCUGAGAAUGAUGGAAGCUACAACAGUCGGCCAGACAAGAAGAAAGCGGUCACUGUGGAACUGCAGAUUGAUGGUCCACUUGAUGACGAGGAGGAUGACUAUGCUGACGUGGCCCUCAAUGACAGCUCUUAUGGUGGUGACAUUGAACUGACCAACAACAGCAGCAGUGCUCUCCUCGACAGUAUCGACAUUGCCAACAUUCGCAUUCAAAGUACCUCCAAUCAGCAGCCAACUUCUUCAGGAAAACAUCCCUGCACUGAACCGAACUGUGGCAAGCACUUCAUAAGCAACGCCGAUCUCAAGCGACACUUGCGAACACACACCAAAGUGAAACCAUUUGGUUGCACCUUCCCCGGCUGCUCGAAAGAGUUUGCACUGCGUCAUCACGCCAUCGGUCACAUUCUUAGUAUGCAUCUCAAGAAGAAGAAGAAGGGAAAACCUGGCGAAGAGGAGGAUGCAAAUGAUGAUGAUGAACCUGCCAAUCCAGCCGCUUAUUUCAGCGUGAAAGAAGAGCUCCUCUAA